AUUCACAAAACACAAACAAAUUAAACGCAACAUUAUGGACGUCGUCGACCAAGACACUGGCCUCAUUUUCCACCCCUAUUACGUCCAGAGUCCCUCCACCCUCUCCCACGCCAACAGUAACACCGCCCCUCACCCUCAAUACUCAAUAUCGCCCACUCCAUCCGAGUCAAAUUUCGUAAACGACAAGAAUCAUAAUCCUCAACUCUCCAGGCUCACUCUCUCCCGCUAUUCCUCCUCCCGCGGGUCCGACAACUCUUUCGUCGUCAACGACAGCAAGAAGAUUUGCGGCGCAGCCAACCGUCUGGUCAUCCUUGAUGGAUCAGUUAACUUUGCAGAUGACAGUGAUGAUGAGGAAGAAGAUGAUGGUGAGUGGUUUUACGGAAGGAAAAGAACUGCAGGGUGGUGGUGGAGGUACUGUUCUUUUAGGACCUCCAAUUCCUGCGCCUGGAUUUCUUUGCAAAUAAGUUGGAGGCUUCUGCUCAGUCUGGGUGUUGCGUUGCUCGUUUUCUACACGGCCACAAAGCCUCCGCCGCCCAAGGUUUCUAUACAGGUUGGAGGGGUUGGUGAAUUUGUACUUGGGGAAGGAGUUGAUGGCUCAGGUGUCACAACUAAGAUCCUGACUUGCAACUGUUCAAUAAAUUUAGUGAUAGAAAACAAAUCUAAGCUCUUCGGACUGCACAUUCAUCCUCCAAUCAUGGAAAUGGCCUUUGGUCGCCUCCCUUUUGCAUUCUCAAAUGGUCCAAAACUGUAUGUGGAGACCUACGGUUCAAGCCUGUUUAAAUUAUAUGUAGGAACAAAGAAUAAGCCAAUGUAUGGAGCUGGUAGGAACAUGGAGGAUAUGUUGGAGUCAGGAAUGGGAUUGCCAGUGGUGAUUCGAGUGAGGUUGAGCUCCAGUUUUCGACUUGUUUGGAAACUAAUCAACCCUAAGUUCCAUCACAAGGCUCAGUGUUUGCUACUCCUUUAUAGCGUCUAUGAUGACAAACAUAAAACCCAAAAAUAUAAGAGUACCUGCACCGUAGCUUCUUGAUCACAUAUAUAUAUAUACAAAAAUAUUUAAUGCUACCUCUUUUAAUUAGUGUUGUGUUUUGAUUCAGUUUUAAUUUUGAAUCUUCAAGUUUCAGCAAUUAUUAUUAUUUUUUUUUAAUCCUUUUGAACAGAAGUACUAAAUCAGCAAUUAAUUA